AUGACUAUGGGGGACUGGAACUUGCUGGGCAGCAUCCUAGAAGAAGUGCACAUCCAUUCUACCAUAGUGGGAAAAAUCUGGCUCACCAUCCUUUUCAUAUUUCGAAUGCUAGUUCUUGGUGUUGCAGCUGAAGAUGUCUGGGAUGAUGAGCAAGCAGAGUUCAUUUGCAACACAGAGCAGCCUGGCUGCAGCAAUAUCUGCUAUGACAAAGCUUUUCCCAUCUCCCUGAUCCGUUACUGGGUGCUACAGGUAAUCUUUGUUUCAUCUCCUUCCCUCGUUUAUAUGGGUCAUGCCCUUUACAGACUCCGGGCCCUUGAGAAAGAGAGGCAGCGGAAGAAAGCUCACCUCAAAGCACAGCUGGAAGAGAUCGAGCUUAUAUUGGAAGAACACAGGCGAAUAGAGAGGGAAUUGAGGAAGUUGGAAGAACAAAAGAAAGUAAACAAGGCACCCUUGCAAGGGGCCUUGCUGUGGACCUACAUCCUGCAUAUCCUGACCCGGUCAGUCUUAGAAGUGGGUUUUAUGGUGGGUCAGUAUCUUUUAUAUGGGUUUCAAAUGUAUCCACUUUAUAAAUGCACUCGCCCACCAUGUCCUAACACUGUGGAUUGUUUUGUAUCUAGACCAACAGAGAAAACUAUCUUCAUGGUUUUCAUGCACAGUAUUGCAGCAGUUUCUCUCUUUCUGAAUGUUUUAGAGAUUGUCCACUUGGGGAUAAAGAAGAUUAAAAAGACCCUUUGUGGGACGCUCAAGGAGGAGCUUGUAGCCACUGAUAAUGACGUUAACUUUUCAAAAAAAAAUUCAGUGAUACAGCAGAUUUGCAUCAUGUCUAACUCGUCUCCCCAAGGCAGUUUUAAAUUUAUGCCAGACCAGCAAGUUGGGCUGCCAGCUUACUUGGCUCCUGAGGAAGGAUUCACACCUGCUGAACAAAACCAGAACCCAAUAAAUGCAGAACAACAAUGGUGCAGCAACCAGAGAAGCAAGCCAAAUCAGCACCAGGGUCAACUCCACCACCUCUGCAGACAUCUAGAACAUCCUCAUGAGUGGGAUCAGCACCACAGACAGCUCCCCAGGCACCUCAAAAAUCUCAUGGGUCAGCGGCAUGACUAUCAACAACAGAAUGAGUCUUCCAGCAGUGAGGAUGUCCAGAAGUCAUCACAGCAGGGCACCAACAGCUAUCGAAAGAAUGAACAGCAUCCUCUAGAACAUUCCAAGAAUCCUCAACAUGGUCCUAAAGCUUGCAUUAUCUCCAGUCAUAUGGACAGCCCUCAAGGCAUUCUUCGAAAGCAUAGCCGGGCACUCAGCUGCAAGGACUUAGGAACUGAUCGUUGUGACUCUCCAGACAGCGGGCGUCCUCAGAACCGCAAGUCUAGCUUUUUGUCCAGGGUGUUGUCAGAAAGCCAGCUAGACACAGACUCAGACACCUCAGACUCGCGGAAUGGCUCUGGCUCAGAUGCCAAACACAGAGAUGAUAGUCUUCCUAACACACCACCACUUCCUUCCGCAAUGGGACGCAGAAUGUCAAUGGCAAGUAGACCCAAGCGACCUUCCUUCUAUACCCUGCUAGUGUGA